AUGUUUAGGAAAUUACGGAAGUUCGGUUUAGGCUACUGUGAUUUUCAGAGAUUUCCACUUAUAUCAUUCGUGGUGACUAUACUAAUUUCAGUGGGUUACUUCUAUACAUAUCUGAUUUCUGCUGUAUGGUAUGUGUUCUGGCGUUGUCAGGAAACUGGAGACAAAAUUUCCGCCUUGAUCGUAUUUUCCCUUGGUGUUGCCAGUGAGAUUUCCGCUUUCAAAUUGUUGUUCAUGUAUAUUUACAGUGACUCUAUAAGGAACAUCGUGGAAGGCUAUCUUAAUUUAGACGCUAAAACCCGUACGGAAAGCCUGGAUAGCAAAUUAAAGAUUAUCAAAAAACGCGCAACUAUUUACUGGUGUCUUAUAAUUUCUAAUGGAGUCAUGUAUGCCUCUAAACCUCUUCUGCUACCAGGACGACAUCUGAUGGAAGAAAACUUUGAUCUUUUCGGUUUGGACCCAAUACUAGAAUCGCCAAAUUACGAAAUAGCGUUCACAUCCUGUGCUCUAGGAAUUUUCUACACUUGUUACCUGGCUUCAAGCAUCAGCGCGUUCCUUAUAGUCAUCGCGGGGUACACAGAAUCGCAACUCAUUGUUCUUAGCGAGGAAAUAAAGAAUUUAUGGGAUGAUGCCAAGGAACAAAUUAACGGAAAUGAAGAUAGCACUUCAUACACAGAAGACGAAACUAAGCGUUUGAAUAAUAUCAUUAACGACCGACUUAAAAACAUAAUCAUUACACACAAAACCAACAUAGAUCUUAUGAAUGAAGUGAAAAGAGUAUUCAGUGGGUCGAUUCUGGUAGAGUUUCUUCUUGUAAUUACAAGUUUGAUUGCUGAAUUACUUGGAGGAUUGGAGAACACAUAUUUGGAAAUGCCUUACGCGUUGGCACAAUUGACUAUGGAUUGUAUAACUGGACAAAAACUGAUUGAUGCAUGUGAUGUUUUUAACCGAGCCAUUUACGAUAGCAAAUGGGAAAACUUUGAUAGUAAAAAUGCCAAAAUGGUACUAUUGAUGUUGCAAAACUCACAAAAGCCAUUAUCUUUGUCCGCUGGUGGGAUGACUACUCUCAGUUUUGUAUGUCUUAUGUCAAUAUUAAGAAUGAUUUAUUCGGGAUACACCACAUUGCGUAGUACAAUAAAUGAGUAA